AACAUCUUUUCUUCUUUAGGCACCGGGAAAGUGAACCUUACCAGCUGGCACCACGACAAAGGCUGGGCUAACGUGCUGAACAUGACCUUCAGCGACGGGAGGCUGAUAGCCAAUCACGACGGCUUUUACUACCUGUACGCCAACGUGUGCUUCCGGCACCACGAAACGUUGGGCAACCUGACUGGCCAGGCGCUGCAGCUGAUGGUGUCCGUGAUCAAGACGGACGCCAGGCGGCGGAACUCGGUCGUCCUGAUGAAAGGCGGGAGUACCAAGAAUUGGUCGGGCGAAUCCGAGUUUCAUUUUUUCUCGGUUAACGUCGGCGGGUUCUUCAAACUGAAGUCGGGAGAGAUGGUGAACAUCCAGGUCUCCUAUCCUUCCUUACUGGACCACUCCCCAGAAGGGACUUAUUUUGGCGCCUUUAAAAUAAGAGAUAUUGAUUGA